AUGGAAACUGGCGGAAUCUUUUGCCUAAAAGAACAGGGGACCAUCGGCAUUUCUGGAUGGGCCGCAAAUCAUCAGAAUCUCUUUUCCGAGCCCUUUAGCUACAGUUCGGCAACACAACGCCACUUCUUGGCAAAGAUUCGGGACCUCCAAAUCGAUACGCUACCUACGCUACCGAAAAAAGCGUUUGCCGUUAGGAAUUUUGGCCCGGCUUUGGUGGCCGUGGAUGGGCGAUUGCAUGUGAAGACCGAGGGGGAAAGGGAAAUCACCGUGACCUCUGUGGCAUUUGGUGCCCAUCGUACUGCUCUUAUCGACACUUCCGGUCAACUGUGGACCCUUGACAACAGAGAGAUCCAGCCCGGAGCGAGGAGCAUCUUCCUCAAAAAAGCCGUCUUCAUGGGCGGAUUCCGGAAGUGUACAAAAGUCGUGGCCGGAAGAAAUCACUUCCUGGCGUUGGUCAUCCGCGACGACGCACUACAAACGACAGCCAGCGCCGAGUUGGAAGACAACAUAUCGGAUAUUUUUGAGAAAAAUGAGGCACAUUUCCAAAAUUGCCCGGAGUGCCAGGACAACGGCAAGAUGCGGCUAUCAAAGACGAUGCGGGCUGCGGAUCAGGAGCACGACCUGAUGGCGAUGCUGGAGAACGACUUCGAGAUCGUCAACCUGGCACAGCAGACGGAUAAAAAUAUUAUUAUGCGCGAGAGGAGGGCAUCGUUGGGAAGACAUCGCCACAGUUCCACCCCGAAUCGCGUGAAGCAGCUCAAGUCGGCCAGCUCGUCCUCGGGCAGUCGUGUCAACUCAUUUUGCGAUGAUUUAAAGGACCCAGGCAGCACGAUGAGCUUCCUCUCCGUCGAUCGUUUGUCUCUGCAACUCCAUCAAGAAGAAUCUCCACCCGACAGCCCGGAGGUGACCAAAAAGCUUCGCCGCGAGAAUUUCCAUCUGUCCGACGACUUCGUGGAGGUGUGGAGCUGGGGCGAAAAUCAGAAGGGGCAACUCGGUCAUGGCGAUUUGCUGAAUAGGCUGGAACCCUUCCCAAUCUCCCUCCUCACUGAACACCAUAUUGUCGACGUUGCUUGCGGAGAUGAGUUCUCUCUAGCGCUAACCGCUACGGGGCAGAUCUACGCCUGGGGCGAACCGUUCCAGAACAACCUCCCCAGCCCGAACAGCACCAGCCCGCAGGUCUUUCGGGUUGGCUACGACCAGUACGGCUUGGACAUCUCGGCCUCCGCUAACCGGGCCACGCUACUCAUCGCCAGCCCACUGGGCCCAACCCAUGUUUUGGUGUGCCAACCUGAUCAGGCGGAUAACAAGAUGACAAUCCAGAAGCUGCCGCAGUUCGUGCAGGGCCACACCUGCACCUCCAUCGAAUCGUUCCAAUCCGCAAUCGGCUUCUCCAGUGCGGCGAGGACCGUCGCUGUCGAAGAAUCGUUUACGCUAUGGAAUUUGGCGGUGCGGUUCGGGCGGCUGCUCCGCUCGCUGACGCGCGUCAGCCAGAAGAUACACGAAAAUUGUCGCGCAUCCUGUGCCGAGGAUCAGAGCGCUACGGUAGCGGAUUUGCUGCAUAAAUUCCACCUGGCUACUUCGGGGGCGGCAGAUGCGCUGGCCAGGCUAUCAGGCUCCAUUCGGCACGCCAUCGCCGACCGCGAGGAGUUCAGCCCUAUCAAAUGUCUGCUACAAGCAACUUCUGAAGAUAUCCUCGCCCCGCUGGGCCACUACUUUGAGGCGUUCAGCGACGCGAUGGCGCUGGGAUGUUUCAAUGGCAUCGUUGUCAGCUCCGAAGCCGACGAGCUGAUCGGUCGGCUCUGCCUCGAGUUCGGCGCCGACAGCGACUCUCUAUCCUCCCGAGUCCGCAAGAUUUGUAUUAAAGCCACCGACUUCCUGACCACGCUGAAGUGCAACGCCACCGAGAUGAUGGUGCUCGAAUCGGUGGGUUUUUUGGGGGGCAAAAAUGCCGUGUUUUCGACAUGGUGUAAGUAUUUGAUGUUC